UGGACAGAGGCAGGACCUGCGCGCAGACUCUCCUCCGUCACUCUCGGGGUUCGAGGCAUCGCACUGAGGACUCAGUCUAACGCCACGGCUGAAAGCGGAAGGGUGAGACUUCCCGAGCUUCUGGACGGAUCGCAGUCUGUCUGAACGACCCGAGCGAGUUGAUUCUGUGGCUGAAACUGUUUUUGUGGAAUGAAACAGUAACACCCAGCAAGAGAGGGAAUAUCUGACCUGUUAAACCCAGAGGUAGAUAAGAACUGUGGAUUAGUGCAGAACUGUCAAGCUACUACACAAGUGACGGUCAUAUAAUUUCAUCUCUGAAAUGAUGGACCUGGAGAAAAACGAUUAUGGCAAUGUUUCUUAUGAAUAUUUGGAGUACGGGGACUUUGAAGAGAUAAAAGAAGAGGAUUACGUCCAGAGGGAGACUCUGCAUAUUAUUUCUGUGGUCAUCUAUUCUUUAGCGUUUGUGCUUGGUAUAAUUGGGAAUGGCAUUGUGAUCUGGAUCACUGCUUUCAAAAUCAAAAGGACAGUGAAAAGUGUGUGGCUGCAGAACCUUGCUAUUGCUGAUUUUGUGUUUGUCCUUUUCCUACCUUUCUCUAUUGAUUAUGUGCUGCGCGACUUUAAUUGGAUCUUUGGCUUGGCGAUGUGCAAGCUGAACUCUUUUGUGUGUACAAUGAACAUGUACGCUAGCGUGCUGUUCCUCACUGUGCUCAGUCUGGACCGCUAUAUUUCUAUUGUGCACCUUAGUUGGAACCAAAGGUUCCGUACUGUGCCGCGGGCCUGGGGAGUCUGUGUCAUGAUCUGGAUCAUAUCCAGCCUCCUGAGCAGUCCAGCUCUCAUAUUUAGAGAAACAUUACAGUAUCAAAAAAAGGUUGUGUGCUUCAAUAAUUUCCAUGAAGAUUCAGAUAUCAUUAGGUUGAGGCACUUUUCUAUAGUGACUCUCCGCACCAUAGUUGGCUUCCUUCUGCCAUUCCUUACCAUUUGUGUGACUGCACUAUUAUUGGCUAUAAAGAUGAAGCAGUUGGGCAAUGUACACUUCUCCGGCUUCUCCAAAAUGAUAUCAGCAGUUAUUGUGGUUUUCUUCCUGUGCUGGGCUCCAUUUCACACGUUUAGCAUUAUGGAGCUGACUAUGCACCACUCACUCUUUCUGGGGCAUGUCCUGUCUGUGGGCUUCCCUCUAGCCACCAGCCUGGCUUUCUUUAACAGCUGCAUCAACCCUAUACUCUAUGGUUUGUUUAAUAAGAAUAUACGAGCGAUUGUUAAGAACUCCUGCAUAAGCCUUACUAAGAACUCACUGAGAGAGCUCAAUCACAACCUAUCUGCCACUGAGACAGUUUCACUUCCACCCAGCUGCUCACCCGAAGAACCCUCUGUCUUGACUACUGUUUGAAGGACAAGACCUAGAACAUGAGUAAUCAGACUUGCUAACUUCAAUAUUUGUGAUGAGACUUGUAUUUUAUAUACGUACAUGCUCUAGAAAACUGAUCUUAUAGAAAAAAACAUUAACUUUAUAUUUAAUCCAUUUUUUGCACAAGUUAAGAAAAGUGCAAGGAUCUUGACAAAGAACCCCUCUUUCAUUUCACACAAGUUUACUACCGGGGUUUUCUUUAAUACAGUAUUUGCUUUCUUUGGAGCUGGUUUUGUUUGCGUGCCAGAGAAUAAUGACUAUAAAUAUUUCAGAGUGAAAAACAUGCACAGUUUUCCUCCCAGCCACAUCUCUUAAACUUUGUGAAAGUAGAAACCAGAAAUUUUAUCCAUUAUUGGAAAAGUUUCCAAAUUGCUGUGAUGAAAGUCUUUACGUAAACGAGGUAAGACAAAAUGUUAAGUCUUACUGACCUAUGCAUUUUUUAUGUGAAUAAGAUGUUUACAUGACAAAAAUUAAAGCACUACUCUUCUUCUUUA